GUUUCUCUUCUUUAUACUGGUGUUGGUGAGGUCAACCAACAAGCCCAUUUACAAAAGUCAAUGUCACUACCCAAACAAAGCCAUGCCAUCAGCGGGGGUGCUGCCCUGGCUUCAAGGUUUGAUGUGUAACAUCGAAAAUCCCUGUUUGAACUAUCCAACGCCGGGGGAGACACCAGGCCAAGUCAAUAACUUCAACAACUCCAUAAUCGCGGGGAUCUUGAUCGAACUACAGACCAGUUUGGUAAACAAGUCAGUUCUGAGUAACGCCCGGCUGCUGAUGAACGAUGUAAACCAGUGGUCUUCUGUCCUGUCCCUGUCCAACCCUGGCAGUGUCACCAUGAGGAGCGUUCUGACGGACAACCAAACUUUCACCACGUAUCUGACUCGGAAUUUAUCAGUUUCACCAACCGUUGUCCAAAGCCUCAUGAAUGCUCAGCUUCAGCUCACUCCAAUGAUGGGCAUCCCGAGGCCAGACAACAUGAGGAGCAUCCUGUGUGAGGGGACAAACCUGGACAAGUAUGUCCAAUUUAGCAGCCAAACGGAGAGGGAGGCUUUUCAGAACGUCAGCUGCUCCCUCACUCAACAGCAGCUGAUUAACGCCCAGCAAGUCUUCCUGCAGAACCUGGAUGGGAGGAAAGUGUUUUCUGGG